AUUCAAUCACCCGGCUCCUGGAGUGGUACCCGUGGCGCUGGCAGCGGGCGCGCCUUCUCUGGCGAAGCGGAGGGAGCCAGCGCGCCGCGCGCGCUUUCCUCUUGCCACCUAUUCGACGACCAUCGCCGCCGCCUUUCGAUAUUCCGCGCGCGCCUUGGGCGCGCUUGUGCUGCCCAGCCC